CGUGAAUUGGAGUGAGGUCAAGAUGCCGAUGUCAUCCAAUCGGCAUCUCGAGAUUUCGUGAAGCUGGCCCGAGCGCACUGCGACUUUCGACUGCACGUGGGAGCGCGCAACGCGAGAGCUUUCAUAUCUUGCACAUAGCAGACUGAUUCUUGUCUCGUUUGCUCAAUUGGAAAUUUCAUUGCUUGGUCUGUUAGCUGCAGAUUCUCGCCGUCGCGUCGCGUGCAGCCUGCAAAGUUUCACGACACCACCGAGCCUCCCCGCAACCAGGCGCGGGCCUCUACAUUCACAUCACCAAAGUCCGAAAUGGCGUCGAAAGCACAGCUCGACAAGCAGCAGCUGCUGCAGACUACAUAUCAAAACUACAAGACCACACUGCAAAACAUCGCCUCGAAGAUUGGCGACAUCGAGCAAGAAACAGAAGAACACAAACUCGUCCUCGAGACCCUCGAGCCGCUGCCCGGCGACCGCAAGUGCUUCCGCAUGAUCAACGGAGUGCUGGCGGAGCGCACAGUCGCCGAUAUCGUGCCCAUUCUGCAGACCAACCAGGACGGGCUCAAGAAGACGCUUGAAGAGCUGGUGAAGCAGUACAAGAGUCGGCAGGAUGAGAUGGAGAAGUGGAAGAAGAAGAACAAUGUGCAGGUUGUGCAGCAGCCGGGGCAGUAGGGAGGGUUGUAAGGAGGCAGUAGGAGAUGAUGGCUGAGCAUGUGACGUGUGUAAGGCAUGGUGUGGAGGCUGGUUGGUCGGUCUUGCACGUAGAGCGUCGAGAUGAGGUGAAGGGAUCAGACAUAAUUCUCAUCUGAGCUUGUGGUGUUGAUAGAGGCCGCCAUAUUGACUUUAGCAUGCUCGACUUUGACACCACGAGAAGGGAGCAUUAGCAGCAUGGUAGCACAAAAAGGUCUCGAAGGAGAGCUGAUCACGCUCUGCCUGUUAAGAUACGCGGCCAGGAAACUUCACACAAAACCACACUGUUUCUCAAAUUCAAAAUCUAGACAUUCCACUCGAA